UCUGGAUUGAUCUUUGACUCCGUUACCGGAUUGGCUAUUGUUUUAUAAGGCUGAGUCAUAGGGCCCCCACCCCCAAGAGUCCGAGGAAGAAAAUCAUAAACAAAGGGCCCUGGCCUGCCAGAGACGGGAACGCCUCUACGUGGCCUGCCAGAGGCGGGAAAAUCGGAGAAUUCGUGCGCUCAAAACAACAGCCCCAGCUGACCCUGGUGGAUCCUGAAGUUCUUAGAUGGAGAGUAAAUAUAAGGAGAUACUCCUGCUAACGGGCCUGGAGAACAUCACCAAUGAAGAACUGGAUAGAUUUAAGUUCUUCCUUCCAGAUGAGUUUAAUAUUGCUAGAAGCAAACUACAUGCUGCAAAUCGACCACAACUAGCUAACCUGAUGAUUGAAAAUGCUGGUGUGGUGUCUGCAGUGACGAAGACCAUUCGUAUUUUUCGGAAGUUGAAUUACAUGCUUUUGGCAAGACGUCUUCAGGAAGAGAAGGAGAAAGUUGAUAAGGAAUACAAAUCAGCAACAAAACAAAAGCCACUGAGUCAAACUGAAAUGAGUCCUGCUGCGUCUGCAGCCAUCAGAAAUGAUGUCAAAAAGCAACGGGCUGCACCAAAAGUCUCUGCUCAUAUUAAGCCUGAGCAGAAACAGAUGGUGGUCCAGCAGGAAUCUAUCAGAGAAGGGUUUCAGAAAGACCAUUUGCCGGUUAUGGUACUGAAAGCAAUGAAGCCCUUCGAGUUUGAGACCCAAGAAGGCAAGCAAGAGAUGUUUCAUGCUACAGUGGCUACAGAGAAGGAAUUCUUCUUUGUAAAAGUUUUUAAUACACUGCUAAAAGAUAAAUUCAUUCCAAAGAGAAUAAUUAUAAUAUCAAGAUAUUAUCGGCACAGUGGUUUCUUAGAAGUAACUAGUGCCUCACGUGUGUUAGAUGCUAAAUCUGACCAAAAGGUUAAUGUCCCACCAAACAUUAUCAGAAAAGCUGGGGAAACCCCAAAGAUCAGCACGCUUCAAACUCAGCCCCUCGGAACAAUUGUGAAUGGGUUGUUUGUGGUCUAUAAGGUAACAGAAAAGAAGAAAGGUAUAUUAAACCUAAGGGACAACACUGGCGAUAUGGAAGUACUGGUGGCUGGAGACCAGGACACAAUAAAAUGUGAGGAAGGAGAUAAGCUUCGACUUACAUUCUUCACGCUGUCAAAAAAUGGAGAAAAACUACAGCUGACACCUGGAGUCCAUAGCACCAUAAAGGUGGGAACUGCAUGGAGCAAAGUCAGCGCUCCAAGGGGAUGA